AUGGAUGGAGCUACGGCUAACGUGAAUGCAGAGUCCGAGAUGCUAACCGAGACAAGAAAGCUCCGGCAGGAGAACAGUAAGUGCCAUGCAGAAACAAAAACCUCACUGAACAGACUGGAGGCAUCCGUGACUGAAAUAAAACAGAGAAUGGACAUGCUAGAUAAGAGAGUGACCACAGCAGAGCAAAGAGUGAGUAAUGCUGAAGAUGCUAGCUUGCGACAUCAAAGGGCACUGUCCUAUCUGCUACAGAGGGAGGCUUUCUUGGCUGCCAAAUGUGAUCAAUUGGAGAACCAACAACCUCGUGAUAGCAUAAGACUAUACGAGAUUUCUGAAGGAGCUGAGUCAAACGACAUGUCCACUUUUAUAAAAGAAUUCCUAUGUGCAAAAGUGGAGCUAGAUGAGGAGCUGGAAGUCAGAAUUGCAAGAGCACACAGAUCUCUCGGGCCUAAACCAACAGAUCCAUCUGCACCUCCCAGAUCCAUAAUUGUCAAAUUUCUGGAUCAUGGUGUUAAGCAGACAAUCCUGCAUCAAGCAUGGAAACAAGGAAAUAUCCAGCAUGAUGGAAAGAAAGUUAUCUUCGAUCAUGACUACUCACAAAGUCUCCAGAAAAAGAGGAAAGCUGUGUGGGAAGUGAUUAAAAAGUUGAAAGAUAAGAACAUUAAAGCCCGCACAAUCUACCCUGCCCAAAUAAAGAUAGCACUGGACUCAGGAGACAAGAUCUUCCCCUCUCUGCUGGAUGCACAAGCAACACUGAAGGACUUUGGAGUUGAAGUGGACGUGGACGAACGAGACCAAGUCGAAAGGGAACUGAUACCGACCACUUGGAAGACUCAACGUGGGAAAAGAAGGAACAGUAGGCUAAAUCUUGAGGAUGUCAAGUCCAUCGUGUACUAGGUCAGCUAAAUGGAAUAAUUGACAUUGUUUGAUCCUAUCUGCUGAUGCUGGAGAGGACAGUGAGGUACUUGGCAACAUUGACACCCACAAUAGGGCGUCUAGGAGGACAGUAAGUUAUCUGAAUGACCAAUGUGCUAUAGCUGGAUCAUUUGUUCGUCAUACUAAGACUAAAAACAAAAAAAAAGAGGAAAAACAUGGGCAUUAGUUAUUGAGAGAUACUUGACUGGGGGGAGUGCCAGGGGUGGGGGACGUCAGCUGAAGUUGUAUAUUUACUGAUGUCAGGCUUCAAGCCUAGACACGUUUUUUGUUACUCUAAUGUUUUUUGACAUAUGUAUGUGUAUGUAUGUAUGUAUAUAUAUGUGUGUGUAUGUAUGUACACAUAUGUAUAUAUGUAUAUAUAUAUUCUCGCUUCAAGGGGGACAACAAAAUAAUGACAGUGGUUUUGUGUUAAGAUGUUUAAGUAAGAUUGAGGGAUGGAGGGGAUUUCGGCACUCUCCUUACUAUGUCAUCUAAUUUAUUUCUAAGUGGGUUUAGGCGGGUGGGGGGAGCCCUGAAGGCAUGCUCUGUGAGUAAUGCAACUUAAACAACGCGACAAAGAGGAUAUCCGGUGGAGGUCCGUUGUAACUGCACUUAGUGCAACUUUGAUGCCCAGGAUGCUCCAUCAGUGUUUUUUGUCUGGUGUCUCUGUUUUUUGGAUGGAGCAUUCUAUGGGGGUUUUUGAGGUCUACCAUUGUUUAUUAGGAGACCCUUCUUUUUGUUUUUUGUUUUUGUUUCAUUUAAUUUUUUCCGGCAAACACUCAAGGAAAGGACAGGCUUUUGAAUUUAAUCCUACUCUCCCAGGCAUGGCAGAAACACCGUGGCAUGGCCGUAUAAAUUUUUUUUUUGAUAUACUAUGAGCAAUUAGAAUUUUGUUACCUAUAAUGUAAAAGGGAUUAAUAAUCCCAUAAAGAGAAAGAAAAUCAUUAGUCAACUGAAGAAGCUAGACUGCUCGGUAGCAUUAUUACAGGAGACACAUCUUGAAGAUAAAGAACACAAAAAACUAAAAAGAGAAUGGAUUGGACAGGUAUUUAGUGCAUCAUAUGAUAAAGGGAAAAAAAGGGGAGUGGCUAUACUGUGUCAUAAAAAGGUGUGUUUUGUGCCAGAAAUAAUACAUGAUGAUGGGAAGGGAAGGGUUAUCUUAGUGGUCGGUACAAUUGGAAGUAUGUAUUUGACCAUUCUAAAUUUAUACGCGCCAAAUGAAGAAGACCCCAAUUUCUUUAGAGAGAUUGCCUCAUUACUAGCGAAAAAUGCAAAAGGAAUGAUUAUUGCAGGAGGGGACUACAACGCAGUCGUGAACCAGCAGAUUGAAGGAAAUCCCUCCGUGGCCAGCCCAAAAUCACAAAAAACAACUGCACUAUGUGGUGUGUUAGGGGAAUUGGGAUUAGUAGAUAUCUGGCGACUAAAACAUCCAAGGGAAAGAGACUUCACUUUUUUUUCGAGGGUUCACAAAAGCCACUCCCGCAUUGAUAUGUUCUGUGUCUCAAAACAAGAUGCACAUAAAAUAAUUAGCUGCCAUAUUGAACCCAUAACUAUCUCAGACCACAGCCCAGUGGUUUUGACAGUAAACAUGGACUCAGAUAGACGUCACAAAUAUUGGAGAUUGAAUGUCUCCCUAUUGAACAACCCAGAAGUGGUACAAAAAAUAAAGGCUGAAAUUCAGAAUUAUUUAGAACUGAAUGAUAAUGGAGAAGUCUCCCCAUCUACCUUAUGGGAAGCAGCAAAAGUGGUGAUAAGGGGCAAAAUAAUAGCCAUCUCCUUGACCCUUAAAAAGGAUAGGGAGAAAAAACAAUUACAACUAGAAGAAAAUAUAAAGGAACUAGAAAAGGAACAUAAAAGAACAGGUUGCGAGGAGGUUUUGCGAACUCUUGACCAGUAUAGAAGGGAAUUAAAUGAUUUGCUGACAUUCAAGGCAGAAGGUGCAUUAUGGUUCACUAAUCAAAAAUACUCUGAAUCAGGAAACAGAGCGAGCCGAUUAUUAGCGUUCCAACUGCGCAAGGCACAAGCAAGCAGGACGGUGGCAAAAAUGGUAGACCCGGUUUCUAACAGUUUAGUUUCACACCUCAAAGAUAUCGCAGGAGCUUUUUCUGCAUUUUACAAAAAACUAUACGACUCCCCAAUGGUUGAGAAUAAGGAAGAGAAAAUUAGAACACUAAUGGGGAAAAUCUAUUUGCCCAAAUUAAGCGAAGAAGAGUCACGAUCUAUGGUAGACCCAAUUACAAAAGAAGAAAUUGAGGAUGUGAUAAAAAGCUUAAAAAACAACAAAUCUCCAGGAGUAGAUGGCUUCCCGGGGGAAUUUUAUAAGUGUUUUGUGAAAGAGAUCAGUCCCCUUUUACAGAGGGUAUUUCAUCAUGCCCUUGGGGAAAAGGAGCCUCCUAAGAGUUGGUCAGAGGCAAUUCUCACUGUGAUCCACAAAGAGGGGAAGGAUCCCACUUUCUGUGCCUCAUAUAGGCCUAUAAGCCUAUUAUGCAAUGAUGUGAAGAUACUGAGCUCUAUUAUGGCUAGAAGAAUACAGAAGUGCAUCACAAAAAUAAUCAACCCAGAUCAGACAGGCUUCAUGCCUGGACGUCAAGGAAUACAUAAUAUAAGGAGAACAUUGAACGUAAUAUCUAUAGCUCGUAAAAGUAAACAAACCUCUAUGCUCCUGAGCCUAGAUGCGGAGAAAGCCUUUGACAGACUAGAUUUGCAAUACUUGGAACAUGCUUUGGACAAAAUGGGAUUUCAUUCAAAUUUCAUUGACUGGAUCAAAGUUCUGUACUCUGAUCCAGUAUCAAAAGUUAGAGUCAAAGAGUGAUAGAGUGAUCAAUUUAAGUGGAGGAGAGGGGCAAGACAGGGAUGCCCACUAUCGCCGUUGCUCUUUGCGAUAGGCAUAGAGGUUUUAGCAGAGCUAAUAAGGGGAAAUCCGAAUAUAUCUGGAAUAUCAAACAGUUGCAAGCCACAUGUUAUAUCAUUAUAUGCAGACGACGUCAUUCUAUAUGUUAGUAAUCCCUUAGAGUCAAUCCCAGUGAUUAUGGACUGCUUAGGCGAGUUUGGUACAGUGUCGGGAUACAAAGUCAACGAAUCUAAAUCAGAAGCAAUGAUGCUGGUCGGGGAGUUCCCACCCCAGUUGGCGGGGAAGCUCGCAUUUAACUGGUCACCCCAGGGUUUUAGAUACUUAGGGAUUAAGAUAACACCAGACACUUCAAAACUAUACAAAGCCAACUAUGGCAGAUUAAUAGACCAAAUAAAAUCGGAUCUGGCACGCUGGGAGAUUCUCCCGCUUUCGUUGUUUGGCAGGAUUGAAACGAUUAGGAUGAACAUUCUACCCAGGCUGUUGUCUCUUUUCCAGGCAUUGCCUGUCUGGAUUCCUGAAUCCGUGUUUAAAUCACUAGAUAAAAUGAUGUCUACAUUUUUAUGGCAAAAGAGGAAACCAAGGAUCAAAUGGAAAAUGCUAAAUUACCCAAAAGAACAAGGAGGACUCAACCUCCCAAACCUGAGACAUUAUUACUGGGCGGCACAGCUGAACGGAAUGGUUGAAUGGAUAAAGCAGGAUAACGAUACAAACUGGCUAGACCUGGAAAGAAACUCAUGUCCAAGGGUUCCUCUUGAGUCAUUACCCUCUUUGGAGUUAAAAAAGUGGAAUAAUCUUAAAUUGAAUAACGAAUGGAUGAGUUGUACUUACAAAGUCUGGUCUUUGGUGAGGGAAAAAUGUAAGAUGUCUUUAUCAAUAUCAAGAGCCACCAGAAUAGAUAAGAACGAGGAGUUUAAACCAAGCAAACUGGACUCUGGGUUUAAAGUAUGGAUAGACAAAGGACUUGUCACAAUACACCAGCUGCUUGAAGGGGAUUCUAUUAAAUCAUUCAAAAAGUUAUAAGAUAAAUUUGGGUUGGAUACAAAAGACUUUUACAAAUAUCUACAGGUGAGAAGCUAUUUACUUUCAAAUAAGGACUGGGAGACUAUCAGGCGACCUCCGACCCCUCUGGAACUAUUUUUGAUUAGGACAACAGAUGAGAAAAAGGGGAAUAAAGUUAUCUCACAAAUAUAUAGCUGUCUGCAGUCCCUCACCUCAGGGAAUACAAUGGAAAUAAAAGCAAAAUGGGAAGUGGAAAUGACUGUCAAUAUAGAGGACGAGGAAUGGGAGACAGCCUGUGAAGGAGGUCACAAAAUCACAAACAGCCCACAGUGGAAAGAAUUUAAUUGGAAAUUAAAAAUGAGAUACUUCAGAACACCUUCUAUGAUAUCCAAAUUUGAUAAAAACAGCUCAGAGUUGUGUUGGAGGGACUGUAAGCGGAUUGGUGACCACACCCAUAUUUUCUGGGAUUGCCCUAAACUGAAAACAUACUGGGAGGGAAUACGCAGAGAAAUAUUGGCUAUUCUGAACAUAGACUUGCCACUAGAUCCAAAAGUGUAUAUAAUUGGAGCGGUUCCAAAGGGGUUCGCUAGUAAACACGUAUUACACAUUCUACACAUUCUCUUACUGGUUGCAAGAAAGAUGAUCACCCUAUCAUGGCUGCGACCAUUACCACCUACAAUCAAUCAAUGGCAUGAGAGGUUGUUAAAAGUAUGUAAUAUGGAAAAGAUCACUGCGAUGCUUCAGAUGAAGUACGACACAUUUCUAAAAAACUGGGCCCCACUGAUACAAUACCUUAAGCUUUCUAUAUGAGGGUAAACAUACAAGCUAUGCUAACACUGAGCAAGACAAAGUUGUAAACUCCUAAUUCGAAGCCUGCCCCAUGUGUAUUCCCAUUCAAAGUAUCAAUUUACUUAAAAUGUUUGCCGUGUUUUUUUUUGUUUUGUUUUGUUUGUUUUCUGUGCGCUAGUUUUUCGUUCUGUGUCGAUGCUCUAUGUUCUUAUUAUUAUUUUACUGUGGUUUGUUUGCUUGCUGAGAGAUGUCUUAUACUUUGUAAUUGUAUUGCAACAUAACGGCAAAUAAACACCUUUGUUAAAAAAAAAAAAUAAUGCAAUCAAACAGGCUAGAAGAGACCACUUUUCAAAAUUAAUAAAUGAAAAUCAAAAUAACCCACAGAAACUUUUUUUCAACUAUAGACCGUUUAAUCAACCCUGUUUUUAACCAACCUUAUAAUUCGAACCUGUCAGGUGACAACCUUGCAGUCCACUUCAGCAGUAAAAUAAGUUUUAUCAGAUCAAAAUUUUUACUUUCUCAGCAUUUUAGUUUUUAUCCCUCAAAACCUUUGCUUUUAAAUGAGGAAACACUGGAGAGUUUUGUCCUGGUUGAUGCUUAGAUGCUUGAAAAAGCUUUUAAACAACUCAAAACCACUACCUGUCUUUUGGACCAUAUCCCAGCAUCCCUUUUUAAAAGCUUUUAUGACUUUUUCAAGCACGAUUUUCUUACCAUUUUAAAUUACUCUCUUCAAACAGGUGUAUUCCCCUCUGCUUUUAAAACUUCUUCUACUAAACCUAUUCUGAAGAGAAGCAAUUUGGAUGCAUCAGUACUUGGUGACUAUAGUCCUGUAUCCAAUUUGCCAUUUUUAAGUAAAAUUUUAGGAAAGAUAGUUUUAAACCAGUUAAAUGAUUUUAUCAAUCACAGAAAUAUUUAUUAAAUUUAUCAAUCGGGUUUUAGGAAAAAUCACAGUACAGAGACUGCGCUAGUUAAAAUUAUAAAUGACCUCAGGUACCACAUGGAUAAGAAGCUACCAGCUGUUUUGGUUUUGUUGGACCUGAGCAGCUUUUGAUACAGUUGACCAUAAAAUUCUUUUAGAUAGACUAUGUAAUUUUAUUGGCAUCUCUGGCACAGUUUUUAACUGGUUUGAAUCUUAUCUUAGUGACAGACAAUUUUACGUGAACCUUGGGGAUCGCUCAUCUAAAUGUUUUGACAUGAGGGUAUGGUGUUCCCCAAGGUUCCAUUUUCGGCCCCACUCUUUCUAAACUUUAUAUGCUACCUUUAGGGAAUGUCAUCAGGAGGCAUGGCAUCAAUUUCCACAGCUAUGCUGAUGACACACAACUUUAUGUUGCCGUGUCUCCUGAUGACACAGGGCCACUCAAUGCCCUUUUUAACUGCAUUUUAGACAUUAAAUCAUGGAUGGCUGAGAACUUUUUACUGCUCAACCAGGACAAAACUCAGGUUUUAGUCAUUGGGACAGGGGACAAGAAAGAGAAACUGGUCAGCAAACUCAAAGCAUUAUCGUUUAAUCCAAGUCAACAAGCCAAAAAUUUUGGAGUUUUAUUUGAUUCAGGAUUGAGCUUUGAGCCUCACAUACGAGAUAUCACCAAGAAGGCAUUUUAUCAUUUAAAAAACAUAGCCCAAGUGCGACCAUUUCUCUCUCAAGGCAAUGCAGAGACAUUAAUUCAUGCUUUUAUCAUUUGUAGAAUAGAUUAUUGUAAUGCCCUCCUUUCUGGUCUCCCCAAAAAGAAAAUUUCACACCUGCAAUUACUACAAAAUUCAGCUGCACAGAUGUUAACAGGGACCAGAAAGAGAGAUCGUGGUAGAGGUAGUAGAAGAAGUAGUGAAAGUAGAAAUAGUAGCAAUAGUAGUUGAAGUAGAAGUCAAAGUACUAGUUUAAUUGAUAUUAGCAGUAAUUGUAGUAGAAGAAGUGGGAGUUUGUUUGAAGGUUUGAAUAAUGCAUGAAUAAAAAACUAAUCCAAAACAGGGAAAAUUUAAAUAAUUAAAAAUCCUCAAGUAUUAAAAAGUUUUGAAGUAUCAGAAAAGGUUUGAGUCAGUUUGAAUGAGGUUUAAUUUGUUUGAAGAAUUGAACAAUGCAUUACAACUGAGUGAUUAUAAAAUGGGGAAAAUUCAAAUUAAUAAAAAUCCUGAGUACACCCCAUAAUGUCCUCAAUGAGCUGAAAUUUUGAAGCCCUGAAUGGUUUCUGUAGUUCAAAGUUUGUGGGAGGAGAUAGGGGCCGAAGUUUGUCAAGCGCUCUAGUAAAGGUAUAAAAAUGUAACCCCCAGUGCUCUGUGUACUGAGCCUGGCUUCAUGUGUCUCAUAUAGCCAUUAGAAGCAGCUUUCCAGUCAGCUGUGUGUCUCCAGAUGCGCUAAUUGGUUGCCAUGGGGAAGGUAGAAGCAUCACUACAGAAGGAGAUAGGAGGCUUGAAGCUGAGGAAACAGCUCUCCAGCUACAUCCUAAUGCUUUUCUUCUGUAACUGCUGUAUUCCUAAUAAGGAGCUUAUUAGAACCGCAUGAUUCUGUUGAACACGUUGAUACAAUUAAUUAACAAAAUCCUGAAUACAUCCCAUAGUGUCCUUAAUAAGCUGAAUUUCUGGAGCCAAGAAUAGUUUCUGUAGCUCAAAGUUUGUAGGUGGAGAUAGGUGAUAAAGCAGACUCAUGGUCAAAGUGUGUGCAUGUAGAUCUCAUAGACAGAGAGACACUCACACACAUAUUUACUGUGUGUACAUGCAGGUGUCACAGACAGAGAGAGACACACGCACACACAUUGUCAGAGUGUGAGUGUGUGUGUGUGUGUGUAUGUGUGUGUAACUGUUUAUCAAUGCAUCCUAAACAGAUCAAAGGACCAACUAACCAACAUUUUGAAUGAGAAGCUGCCUGACUGCAGUGAAUUUAGGGCCUCUGAACUUCUUCACAUAGCACGAUUUCCUUAAAUCUUAGAAUGAAAAUAAGAACAUCAUAGGAAUCCUGAAACCUUAAAGAAUACAAUUAUGUGUUUUUCAUGUCUGGUUUAGAUAGAUAGAUAGAUAGAUAGAUAGAAUUUUAUUGUCAUUGUGACCAUCACAAUGAAAUUAAAAAGUGCUAUUACAGUCAGUGCAUUACAAAAAGAGACAAUAAAACAUUAGACAGUAAUAUCAGUAAAGCCAGUGCAGAGUUAAAAGUAAAAGAACUAAAACUGCAUAAAUACAUAAGCAACACAUCAUCUGGCUUUCAUGGAGGCAUUGAUGGAAUGAACAGUAUUUGGGAAAAAAAUGUUUUGCAGUCUUUUUGUCCUGGCUUUGAUGGCCCUGUACCAUCUGCCUGACAGCAGUGGCUCAGACAGGGUUUACAGAGGGGAGUGUAUACAGGGAUGAGUUGAAUUAAGUUGUGAUCUGACUUGCCCAGAUGUGGAGCAGAUCUGGCCCUGUAAGAUAAGAUAAGAUAAGAUAAGAUAAGAUAAGAUAAAAUAAGAUAAAAAGAACUCCCCGAAGAAAUUCAAUUGUCUGUCGUCUCACUUGUCAUGUCUCUAAAAAUCAUCUACUAUUUACACAACAGUUAUGUAGCCCUGCUUGAUGUUAGUGUAGACCUUGUAGACCUAGUAAUCAAACGUUGAAUCAGUCUCAAACAGAUUUAAAUCAAUCUCAAAUCUGAGGCCGGAAUUCUCAUUUCAGGGACUUCACUUCUGGAAGGACCAUUAAGAGACGACAACUUAAAAUAAAAUGGACAAUUUAUUGAUGAAUGCUCUAUGAUAAUAUGACUUCAAUAAAUGAUGAUCAAAUAAUAAAAAAAUUAAAGAACAUCUAAUGAAUAAAUGAAAGAAUGGUUUGAACUGAAGCUAAGACUGGAGGUUAAUGAUAGUGAGUGAAUAAGGAAAAAUUUAACCUACGUUAACGGAGUUACGAGAAUAAAUUUUGAAGAGGAAUUUGGAGAAACUAAACUAUAAUAAGAAAAAUAAGCUACUGAACGCUUGACAGCAUCACCCAGUUGAUACAGCAGUUUCAAGGAGUUUGCCUACUUAUUUUGAUGUCGGUUCUCAGCGGCACUCUUGGAAUGGAUGGGCUGAAGUUCUUUGGCUACCGGACCGGAUGCUGAAGGUUUGGCGAGGAGUUCUCAGCUGUAAAAUUACAAGACGAUGGACAGAGACAAAAGCGCUAAGACGUUAAAACAAGAAGAGGGUGGAAAACACCCAAGAGUCCACAAAACACAAGAAGCAAAAAACAAGAGAGAGGGUGGCAAAAGCUUAGCUUUUUUAAGCAGUUUACGUGGAGCGUGAACCAAAAGAGUGGGGGCACUCAUGCACUCUUUCUUCUUUUGCAGGCCCAUCGGCUGGCAGCGAAUUAAACUUAACUUGCGAUAUUAAAAGUGAAAAAAAUUUACUCACUAUGAUUAAAGCCAUUUAUAAAAUCACAUAUGAUCACGUUUCACUUCACUUUCUCAUGAGCAGAUGCAUCAAACCAUAACAUUUAACGUAAAGUAAACUUUGAUCAGUCGUUUUCUUGAUAAUCUGUAACCAGAGGAUUAACGACUCUGAAAUUUAUAGAGGGAUAGAAAACCAAAUUAUCUUUUCAUACAGAAACACCAUCAAGCAUAAGAAACACAUACGUGAUAAUACUUAAUAACAAUAUAACCUUGUCAAUCAAUACUUAGUAAAUGAUUAACAUAUAUAUUCUGGUGAGGUAGAUAAAAACAUAAAAACAACCUUAAAAACGUUUAAACCACUCUUAACUCAAGUAUAAAAGAGUUUUCAGUUACUACUUCUAAAAUUGCUAACCUAUCAUGAGAAUACCAUUUACUAAGCUACAAAGUAUAUAAAAAUGCACAUAAUUUGUGAAGUUAACAGUUUGGCUUGUAGACACACAAGACAAAUGGGACAAAGACUGUUUUAUUGAUGAUGUGGUGUACAGAUAGUAAAUCCUGGUGAAGUGUCCAUUAAACCAGAAAUUAAACCAUUUUCAGCCAUUUUCUUCCUUCUGCACCUAGAGAGAGUCACAGGAAAAACACAGUCACUUAGAGAAUUUAUGGCAGGGGUCUGUUCCACGGAUUGGCGCCAAACUGCAGCCUUGGAGAGUUUCUCAUGAUCUUUUGGGUCAAUCCUGAAACUGAGGUGUCCACUAUGAGCUAUCCCAGCCAAGGUGAGAGGCUGAAUGUUUAUUUGGUCUGGGAGUCCGGCCGUUGAUAAGCAACUUGUCUCUUUGAAGUGGAAAAGAUUCACCAUCAGCCUUUGGGAGAGGACCCCUCGGUUCUGUCCUGGAUCGUAAAAGGCCAUAACUUAGAUGUGAACGUUAUUCCCAUCUCCUCUCCUAAUCAGGGGAGCCUGCAUUCCUUAGUGGGUGAAUUAAAAGUGGAAAAGCAGAAACCAGUCGUCUCUGUUACAGAGGGCAGAGCUAGCAUUAGCAUCUGGUGGAAUGUAAACAGCCAUUAGCAGGACCCCAGUAAACUCCAGAGGAAGGUAGUAUGGCCGGCAUUUCACUGUCAAAUAUUCCAGGUCAGGGGAACAGUGACUGUCCAUUGUUGCUGUCUUAUUACACCAGUCGUUGUUGAUGUACAUACACAAGCCACCUCCUUUGCUCAUAACGGAGUCGCUAGUCUCUCUGUAUUAUCUAUAAUUGUUGUAAUUUUUGCUGGAUUUUUUUCAUAUUUUUGUUGUCUUUUUGUUGGCUGCUGAUGGAUACUUCUGCUGGGUGAAUAGUUUACUCAAGAGAAGCGCUUCUUUCAUUAAGGAAAGGCAAAUCUGGAUACAAUUCCAGAGGACAUAAGGAGGUGUUAUUGUGGUUGCUGUGCUGGUGCAAAGGUGAAGGCAAAGCUGAUUGCUAGGAGGUGGCGAUAUAAACCCUUUUUUCCAUCAAUCAUCAUGGGAAAUGUCAACUCUCUGCCCAACAAAAGCGAUGAGCUGAAGAUAUUGGUGAAGACUGAGAAAGCAUACCAUGAGUGCAGUCUCCUGUGUUUUACUGAAACCUGGUUGAAUCAAAACAACUCUGACUCCAGUGUGGAUCUACCUGGCUUCACUCUCAUAACGUCAGACAGAGAUGCUGAAGCUAGUGGCAAGAAGAAAGGAGGUGGUCAGGCUUUAUUUGUCAACCAGAGAUGGUGUAACCCUUCACACAUAACUGUCAAGGAGAAGUUGUGUUGACCAGAUAUUGAACUGUUGGCAGUUGCUCUCCGGCCAUAUUACAUUCCAAGAGAAUUCAGUCAUAUCAUAAAAAUAGUUGUUUACAUCCUAUCCAAAUCAACCGCAGAUACUCCAUGCACUCUUUUGCAUAAUAGUGUUGCCAGGCUACAGACCUAACACCCGGAGGCACUAAUAGUAAUAUCAGGAGACUUCAACCAUGUCAUCCUCUCCCCUCACCUGACUGGAUUUACACAGUUUGUGAACUGUCCUACCAGAGAAAACAAAACCCUGGAUCUGCUGUAUGCCAACCUCAAAGAAGCCUACAGAUCCACUGCCUUACCACCACUGGGCAAGUCAGAUCAUAACUUGGUCUAUCUGCAAACCUCUAACAGACCUUGUGUACUGAGGCAGCAUGUGACCAAAGUCAAAAUCAGAAGAUGGACACCUCAAGCUAGUGAAGCUCUAAGGGACUGUUUUAAAUCAACAGACUGGAAUGUGCUGCUGGAAACAGAUGUGGAUAGUAUGAACAUUGACAAACAGGUUGACUGCUUUACUGAUUAUGUCAACUUCUGUAGAGUUACACAGUUAUGCCCACAAAGACUGUUCGCUGUUUCCCCAACAACAAACCCUGGAUCACAAGAGACAUAAAGGCAAUCCUUAACCAGAAAAAGAAAGCUUUUAAAGAUGAUGACAAAGAACGACUCAAACAAGUGCAACAAGAGUUGAAGAGGAGACUGAAGAUGGCAAAGCUGGAAUACAAAAAGAAGAUACAGAGGAAUCUACAACACAGCAACAUCUGUGAAGUGUGGAGAGGAAUCAGUACCAUCUCUGGACACAGCAAUAAAAAAAAGACAGCCAGUGGUGGGUGAUCUGGAAAGAGCUGAUGAACUCAACCUGUUCUUUCACAGAUUUGACACUGCUGUCACACCCACUUCCACUGCUGCUCCAUCUUCCUCUCUGCAACAAAUCUCCACUACAACUUCUCCCCUUCCUCCUCCAUCUCAUUUAAAUGUCUCAACCACUUCAACUGCCUCCCUCCUAGAACACCAGUCCUUGUCUUUCACAGAAACAGAGGUGAGGUUGGAGCUUGGAAGACUUUGCCCUGGGAAGGCAGCUGGUCCAGAUGGUGUAUGUCCAAGGCUGCUUAAAGACUGUGCUGCAGAACUGUGUCAGCCUCUCCACAAGAUCUUCAACCUGAGUCUACGGCUGGGGUGGUUAUCUGCUGUGUGGAAAACAUCCUGCAUUGUGCCAGUACCAAAAACAAAAUGUCCUGCUGAACUCAAUGACUACAGACCAGUGGCCCUCACUCGACACAUCAUGAAAACCCUGGAGCGGCUGAUUCUACGCCUUCUAAGGUCUGAGGUCAAAGACAAACUGGAUUCCCUUCAGUUUGCAAACAAAGAACACAUUGAAGUAGAUGAUGCUGUCCUCUACAUGCUUCACCAUGUCCUGUCUCAUCUGGAGGAACCUGGGGUUUAUGUGAGGAUCAUGUUCUUUGACUUUUCAAGUGCAUUCAACAUCAUCCAACCCACCAUACUCAAAGACAAGCUCACGGAGAUGGGAGUGGAUCCUUCCUGUGUUUCCUGGAUCACAGAUUACCUGACAGGAAGGCCAGAGUGAGGAACUGUGUUUCUGGGACAUUAAUGACCAGUACAGGGGCUUCACAAGGGACAGUGCUGGUGCCAUUCCUGUUCACACUGUAUACGUCAGACUUCAAAUACAGCACUGAGUCCUGCCACAUCCAGAAAUACGCAGAUGACACUGCUAAUCGUUGCAUUUAUCAGAAAUUGAUAAGAAGCUGAGUACAGUGAUCUGAUAAGAGCCUUCAGUGACUGGAGUCACAAAAACUGCAUCCUCCUCAACACCUCAAAGACAAAGGAGGUGAUUAUAGACUGCCGUAGAUCUAAACCCUCUCUUCAGCCAGUGAACACCCGUGGAGUGGGCAUUGAAGUGAUUACAUCAUAUGAAUACCUAGGUGUAGAUCUGGAUAAUAAGUUGGACUGGUCUAAGAAUAUAGACCUCAUCUACAGAAAGGGGCAGAUCCGCCUCUUUUGCCUGAGAAGACUCCGAUCUAUAGACAUCUGUAGUAAGAUGCUGCAGAUAUUUUACUGGUCUGUGGUGGCAAGUGUUCUGUUUUGUGCUGCGGUCUGCUUGGGAGGAAGCAUCAAACACAAAGAUGCAAGACGUCUGAAAAAACUGGUGAAAAAGGCUGGCUCUGUGGUUGGAUUCAAGCUGGACUCAGUGGGGGAUGUGGUGGAGAGAUCUACACUGAGGAAGGUGGAGACUAUUUUAAAGAACAUGAAUCACCCACUUCACAACACCUUGAUGGACCAAAGGGCCAAUAGUGGUGGAUGGCUCCUCUCUCUUAGCUGCAGGACAGAAAGAUUCAGAAGAUCUUUUGUACCCACAGCCAUUAGACUGUACAACUCUUCUGUAAAUAGUAGAUGACUUUUAGAGACAUGAAAAAUGUGACAACAGACAACUGAAUUUCCCUUCAAGGAUUCAUAAAGUUCUUCACAUUCUUAUUCUUAUUGUUAGUCCUGUCAAGGCGGCAUGUUGUGUAUCAUGCUAGCUUGAUCCCGGAUUCCGGGAUGGAUGAAUGGAGCCAAGUUUAGGUAAGGAGUAAAACACAAUCCUUGGUGAAGUUGUUCGACGCUGCAUUUUGUUGGUGAGUGAUUUCACAUUUGCGAGGGAGAGGCUGGGGAGCUGUGUUUUUUGUGGCCGCUUCCUUAGCCGGGCUAGGGCACCCGCCCUGCAUCCCUGCUUCUGUUUACGAUCCCGGCGUCGCUUACGUCUCCACUUCGCUGGGAUUGUGAUCCAUUGCGAGCAGGCGUCCCUUGAUAUGAACUCUGGGAUGUUGUAUGAACGGGCGGAUUCUGCUGUGAUACUCCUCACCCACAUGACUCCGAUAUUUAACAGAUCUGUUAUGGACAGUAAUUUGUUUUGAGUGUUUUCUUUAUGUUUAUUGUUUUCUGUGGUAAAGUAGCAGUUUAGUUCGGCGAUGACGUCACUUCCUGCGCAAACCGGAAGUUGUCGCAGAUCGGGACUCGCAAACAGGCGGCCGACAGGGCGUUUAUGGAGUGUUUUCCUCAUUAUCCUCCGUGGUUUCACAAGUCUGUUAAGACGCAUUGUCUGUGAGUAUGUGUUUAUAUGGUUUACAUUGAUGUUAAGAGUGAAUUAUUUGGCGAUUUAUGUCUGAAACUCAUGUCUAUUUUAUAAUGUUUUGUAUUGCAGUUUCACACUGGUUCAGUAAAAAGUCAAACAAGUCCCGGCUUCAACUGCAUUUAUUGAAUCACGUGUUUAACUGUCUGGAUAACCGCUGGUGAGACCAGUACAGUGUGUCUUGGGGGAGCACACAGACCGGCUCAAGUGAACACCUUCAAGACCACAGUUUUGGAAAAUGGCCGUCCCACUUACCUUGAACCAUGUACCAGCAAGGUCCAAGUAAAGGAGAACUUCAACUCCCAGCCCCUCAGUACAGCCCAAAUCACAAAUCGGUCUCUAACACAUGCCGAGAGAGUCUGGGCGAGUCAGUCUUCCAUCAGUCUGCCAAAGACCAUCAACUUGGACCAUCUAUGGAAGAUUGGACCUUUCUUCAGUUAAUGGAAGAAGAGUGUUAUCAAGAUAGUUCUAACAGUUGGGCUGCUCCUCUGCCCUUUCGUUCGCCAAGGAGACAGCUGCCCAACAACAGAGACUAUGCCUGCCGUCGCCUCUCUUCUCUUUGCCGAACACUAGAGAGGUGGGCGAUGAAGGCCCAGUACCUUGAGUUCAUGAAGAAGCUGCUCGACAACAACCAUGCUGAAGUUGCUCCACCACUUCCUGCUGGCCAAGAGUGUUGGUAUCUUCCAUCGUUUGGGGUCUAUUAUCCCAGGAAGCCAGAGCAAAUCUGUGUGGUCUUCGACUCCAGUGCUCCUUUUGAGGGAAUAUCUCUGAACGAUGUGUUGCUUUCUGGUCCUGAUCUCAACAACAGCGUGCUGGGCGUCCUCCUAAGGUUCAGGAAAGAUCUUGUGGCCGUCACCGCAGACAUUGAACACAUGUUCCAUUGUUUCGUGGUUCGGGAAGACCACAGGGAUUAUCUCCGCUUCUUGUGGUACCGCAACAAUGACCCAAGCCAAGACAUCAUAGACUACAGAAUGUGCGUGCAUGUUUUUGGUAACAGCCCAUCGCAAUCUAUGGUCUCAGAAGAGCAGCCAAGCAAGGAGAGGGAGAGUUCGGCAGUGAUGCCAGACAAUACGUAGAGCGAGACUUCUAUGUGGACGAUGGACUACGGUCUUUCUCUACAGAAGAGGAUGCUAUCGGUAUCAUCAAGCGAGCUCAGAAAAUGCUUUCCAUGUCUAACCUUCGGCUACACAAGAUAGCUUCCAACAGACUUGCAGUCAUCGAGGCCUUUCCUCCCAAGGACCGCGCAAAAGAAAUUAAAAACCUGAACCUUCUCACCAACGAUCUCUCUUUACAGCAGAGCCUUGGAGUGUCUUGGGAUAUUGUUACAGACACCAUUCACUUUUCAGAUCUCAGACGAUGAGAAACCAUACACCAAAAGAGGAGUUUUAUCAAUGGUCAACAGCCUGUACGACCCUCUUGGGUUUCUGGCUCCAGUAACCGUACGAGGCAGACUUUUACUCAGAGAGCUCUCCAAGCAAGCCGAAGACUGGGACUCAGCACUCCCUCACGAGAUGGAAAGGGAGUGGACAACAUGGAAAACCUCCCUACAAGAUCUUCAAGAGCUGCGGAUACCACGACCUUACUCAUCGUUCCCACUCUGUAAUGCUCAAGACAAAGAGUUAUUUGUCUUCUCUAACGCCUCUGUUCAAGCCAUUUCAGCAGUGGCCUAUCUGAAACUAACCACUGAAUAUGGAAAGAGUGAAGUCGGCUUUGUCUUCGGGAAGGCUAGAUUGGCACCCCAACCAGAGAUUACUGUCCCAAGGUUGGAGCUAUGUGCGGCAGUCCUCGCAGUUGAAAUUGCAGAGAUGGUGGUGGAAGAAAUGGAUAUGAAACUCGACCGCAUCACUUACUUCACCGACAGCAAAGUCGUGUUGGGAUAUAUUCACAAUCAAGCAAGACAGUUCUACGUCUUUGUGAAUAACAGAGUCCAGCGGAUUCGACAGUCGUAAUCCCCAGAACAGUGGCGAUAUGUUCCCACAGAACACAACCCCGCAGACCAUGGGUCCAGAUCAGUCACUGCAGCCUCCCUGAGCACCACAACUUGGUUGACUGGACCAGCUCUCCUCCAGAAACCUUCACCGCACUUCUCCGAACUUGAAGAACCCUUUGACCUCCUCAACCCUCUCACCGAUGCCGAGGUACGUCCAUUGAUCACAACCACUGCAAAAGAUGUCUUGAACGAUGUGAUGAGCACCAAGAGGUUUGAGCAUUUUUCAGCAUGGAGCACACUCAUGACAGCAGUUGCACGCCUGAUCCACAUAGCUCGUUCAUUCUUCAAUUCCACACCAGACAAUGCCUGCCAAGGCUGGCACAUCUUUCGUGCAGGUCCCACUGAAGAGGAGCUGGAGAAAGCAAAGAUCUUCGUGAUCAAAAGCGUGCAGCAGGAGUGUUUCCUCAAAGAAUUGAACUGUAUCGCUAGAGGUAAGAAUCUCUUGUCUCAAAGCAGUCUAAAGAAGCGGAUGAUUGGGAUCGCCCGCCGCAUCCUCGACAGUAUGCUCCUCCAGAAUAUACGGGCUCGUCUUACACAUGAGGUGCUGACAACGUUCAUGGCUGAGGUCACAGCUGUGAUCAAUUCAAGACCCCUCGUCCCUGUAUCUUCGGACCCAGAAGCACCAUUAAUUCUGACUCCAGCCGUGCUGCUGACCCAGAAAACCGGGAGUCCUCCUCCUCCACCUGGAGAUUUUGGGAAGGUGGAACUCCUCAAAGAGGAAUGGAAACGUGUUCAGAGUCUAGCAGAGACCUUUUGGAACAGAUGGCGGCGAGAGUACUUGAGCACACUACAGUGUCGACGCAAAUGGCAAGACGACAGGAACCAGUCUGAAGGAAGGCGACAUAGUCUUGAUGAAGGACAACCAGGUCAAAAGGAACGAGUGGCCGAUGGCCAUCGUCGUGAAAGCCUCACCAAGCAAAGACGGGAAGGUGAGGAAGGUGGACAUUAGGAUUCCUAAGGAUGGAGCGCAGAAGGUUCUCUCUCGAUCCAUCACAGAAGUGGUCCUCCUGUUGUCUCCAGAAGACUCCAAGUGAAAGGCGAUGUGAAGUGGGGUCAUUCGGGGACCCCAGGCGGGGAGUGUUAUGGACAGUAAUUUGUUUUGAGUGUUUUCUUUAUGUUUAUUGUUUUCUGUGGUAAAGUAGCAGUUUAGUUCGGCGAUGACGUCACUUCCUGCGCAAACCGGAAGUGGUCGCAGAUCGGGACUCGCGCGAACGGGCGGCCGACAGCGUUUAUGUGUUUUCCUCAUUAUUCUCCAUGGUUUCACAAGUCUGUUAAGACGCAUUGUCUGUGAGUAUGUGUUUAUAUGGUUUACAUUGAUGUUAAGAGUGAAUUAUUUGGCGAUUUAUAUCUGAAAUUCAUGUCUAUUUUGUAAUGUUUGGUAUUGCAGUUUCACACUGGUUCAGUAAAAAGUCAAACAAGUCCCGGCUUCAACUGCAUUUAUUGAAUCACGUGUUUAACUGUCUGGAUAACCGCUGGUGA